GGUGUCUCACCUUCCCGGCUGCGAGCUCAGUGGAGAGCCAGACGCCGGUGCGCCAGCAGCACGCGCAGCAGCACGUCGGAGGAUCUAAAACAGCGACGCUCCUGAUUGGUCAGCACUUUCCUGGGGGGUCCGCUACGUAGCCGCGCACCGAUCGGAGAAUACACACUGCGAGGAGGACACCCGAAGUGUUUGGGAUUUAUCACCGACUGGGUUUACUUCACAUGCCAAAGCUGGGGGAACCGACUGGGACACGACACACCUCGGCGCGAGGCUUCGCGGUUUUCGCCACAAUAAUUGGUUAUCGGAUGGACCAGCAUCCCAGCGCCCGGAGCUGCACCAGCCGCGGGGCUUCGUCCUGCGAGGCCGUCCCGACCGAGCCCUCCAUGAAUCUGUACAUCCACUCCACCACCGGCACACGCUUCGAGCUCUCUCUGCCCCUGGAGGAGACCGUGGAGGGACUGAAGAGAAGGCUCUCGCAAAGACUCAAAGUACCAAAAGAGAGACUCGCUCUGCUCCACAAAGACACGCGACUAAGUUCAGGCAAACUCCAGGAUCUUGGCAUCUCGGAUGGGAGCAAGUUAACACUUGUUCCAACUGUUGAAGCAGGAUUAAUGUCUCAAGCGUCAAGACCAGAACAGUCCGUAAUGCAAGCCUUGGAGAGCUUGACUGAAACUCAGGUCAGUGACUUCCUGUCUGGCCGCUCCCCCCUCACCCUGGCACUGCGUGUAGGGGAUCACAUGAUGUUCGUCCAGCUGCAGUUGGCGGCGCAGCAGUCUGGGGGUCCCCAACUCCAGCACAGACACCUCAUCACCCGGGGCAAUGCGGACACCGCAGUGGGACAGCCGACAGGGCAGCCCCGUGUUCCCCACCCUCACCCGCACUCCCACCACCUCCCUCAUCAUCCACACAGUCACCCCAGCCCCCACUUGUCCCAGCCUCACCCUGUCCCUUCCUCCCCCUCUUCCCCGGGCUCCCCGUCCUUCCCCCUGCCCUCCACACACCACCAGCCGCUCCCUGCCAUGUACCACCAGUCGCCCUCCUCCGCCCUUUGUAGCCCCCCUACUCCCCCUCCUCCAACCCACUCCCCUCGCCCUACGCACAUCCCUGGAGGUCUUUUACGCUCUCCAGCUCAUCACCAUCACCACCAUCACCACUACCACCAGCCUUCCUCAGGCCAACCCAGCCAAGACAUCGGCCAGGCCAGCCCUGUAGCCCCAGUCCUCUGCCCCGAGGCUAACUGCAGCACCAACAGCCCUAACAGUGGCUCCAGUCCCUCUUCACGCUCCCGUAAACCUGGCGCCAUCAUUGAGAGCUUUGUCAACCACGCUCCCGGAGUCUUCUCGGGGACAUUUUCAGGCACUUUGCACCCCAACUGCCAGGACAGCACUGGGCGUCCCAGGCGGGAUAUUGGUACCAUCCUGCAGAUCCUCAAUGACCUACUGAGCGCCACACGCCACUACCAGGGCAUGCCCCCGUCCCUCACCCAGCUCCGGUACCAGACCCAGUGUGUUUCACCCACUUCCUCGUCCCCCUCCCCGCCUCCUUCACCUCCAGUUGCUGCUGUGACGGGCCUCUCUGCCAAAGCUACCUCUGUGCCUGCUGGCAGUCCUAGCAUCCCUCCGCCGACUCUUCAUCCGCUGGUGCAGUGCCAGAGCCAGAUCCGCAUGUGCAAACCCCCUGGUGACCGCGUACGUCAGACCGAGAACCGUGCGACCCGCUGCAAGGUGGAGCGCCUGCAGCUGCUGAUGCAGCAGAAGCGUCUGCGCAGGAAGGCCAGGAGGGACCAGCGCGCUCCUUAUCAUUGGCUGCCCAACCGCAAGGCCGGACGCAGCAACAGCAACAGCAGCAUGUCCAGCGAGGGCUCCCUGGACCUGGACUUUGACGAUUCCGUGUGGAAGCCCGACGUCAAGGCCGAUUUGAAGUCCGAGUUUGUGAUGGCCUGAACCGUCUGAUCCCUCGCGCCGGGGGACAGAUUUUUCGAAGAUGUGCAAAGCAUCGCUUGGGAUUUACUUAAAGAUAUAUUUUGAGGGAUUGGCAGCAGGCGACACAGAAGAUGUCCCGUGCAAAGAGAAAAUCAAAGUUGUCCAUGUGACUGGUGUCUGUCACGUGAAAAAUAAACAGGCUCCCUGCAGACUUCAAUCCUGUUCUGUUGACCUUGUGAAAAACAGCAACAAUAGCAACAGUACUCUCUUGUCGUGCUUGGAUUUGGACAGGCAACAACCGGACUUAACAAUGUGCAAGACUUUGUAGGGUAUGAUCACAGAGACCGUACCUGGACUUGAGCAUAGCAGAAUUCAGUGGGUGGUGGUGGUGGUGGUGGUGGUGGUAUUUUCAGAUGUUUUUAUUUCAAUGAUUUGCUUUUUUGAAAGAGCACUCUGGCAGCAAUGAAGAGAUCCGCACUGGACUUGUUAACUGAACAGGAGCACCAGAGGCCUCAGUGUUACCUAAUCGAAAGAAAGGCAGAACUGCCAAACUAUGGAUUAUUCCGACGGGCAUUCUUAUCGAUCUCAAAACUCACCAACCAGAGUCCAGUUUUUACCUGUUAUGGGGGGGUUUAAACUUUUUUUUUCCAUUUUGAAACAUAUAUUUUAUAAACAAAAAAAUAUGUAGCAUUGUUCACAAAGCAUUCAGGUUUUCAUAUAACAGUUGAGACUAGUUGUUGACUUGCUUGAUUUAUAACAGCUGGUCACCAUGUGCGAGGAGGAGGAGGCGGGGCCUGACAGAAUUAAAAAAAAAAAUGAAUAUGGAAGUAUUGAUAUCAACCUCAGUGACAUAGGGUAUCGAUAGGAAUGAUUAAUGAAUAAAUGAAAUGAAUUAAGAUGAACAGAAAGUGCUUUAGAGGAUUUAAAAAUCUUUAAAAUGUAUAUGGAAAAAAAAAGAAAUCUAUUUUUAUUUCUCUUCCUAUCUGCUGUUUUCAAAAAACAGCAGCCCUCUGUGGCUUUAGUCAAGUCGUUGACUACCAACAAAUAACAUCCAUUCAGACAUCCAUUAGCUCAUUCAUGAAUUAUAGUCGUUGAGACACAGCAAAUGAUAUGGAAAGACAACUUUCAUCCAGCCCGCCUCAUGUCUUGCAGACCUGAAUGGACUUGUUGAGGGUUUGUAGUUUGUGUACAUAAAUGUGAGAAUUGGCAAAAGGCUUACGAGGGUGUGUGUGUCUGUGUGCGUGCGUGCGCAUGCGUGUUUGACGUUUGCCUCUUGUAAAUUGAUUUAGAAUAUCCCAUGUUUUUGUCUCGAGUUGUCUUCUCCAAGUUGACCCCACAUUUUCCCCAAACACACGAAGAUCAGCUGCAGUGAAUGCAUGGGUCACUACUUUAUAUCAUGGCAGGAUAAAUCUUCAAAUUCUUAGUUGUGUCCCAGUUCCAGGCCCAUCGGACGUCUACCUUGACCACAAAUCCUCAUGAUAGUGACUUAUUUUUUUAUUGGCAAACGAGGGAGAAGAGGUGGGAUCGUUAUCUAGUGCCUCCACCAGUACAUCCAUUGACAUAUCAGGUUCGGCCGUUCACAGUUUUGCUGCUACACAUGGCGACUUCAAAUGAAAAAAAGAAAUGAAUAAAUAGAAGCGGGAGAGGGGGACAAAAGUGACUUUUCUUUGCAUGCAGGGGUGUGAAAUUAAACCGAUGUUUUUUUUUUCUAUUGAUGGCAGAAGAAAAAAAAAAGAAACUGGUGCUGUGGGAAUGAAGGUUAACAACAUGCAUGAACUUGUGAAGAAAAUAAUCUGCUGCUUUUGUUGGUUAGGUUUUUUGUAACUUUUAUUUCUCAAUGUUAGAACAACGUGUCCUGCUAAAGUAUUACGACGCAAAACCAAAACAGAUGAAGUUGAAAGUGUGGACUCUUUCGCUCAGCACUGAACAUUCCUGUUGUGUGACAAUGAAGAUGAUGAUGAGCAAAGAGCAUCGGACUCUCUCUCUUUCUCUCUCUCUCUCUCUCUCUCUCUCCCUGGACGCUGACUUUACCCCACGUGACUCUCAAGGACCCAGACAGCCCACAAACUGUUCAGCCACCUCCCCUCCUCCUCCCAGCCUGAACGCCCACCGAGGCUGCUGUGGAUGGGUUUUCACAGGGAACCAAAAGGCCAGCAGACUUACAGUACUGUUCGUCGAACCUACUGGAGAGAAGCAUCUGUCUGGCAUCCGUCUCUUUAUCUGUCUGUCUGUCUGUCUGUCUGAUCGAACGACCACCCUACCACAAUUGCACUCCCAGAGAUUGCAGUGAGAGAUUACCUUUUUCGGUGAACCUCAUCUUUUUUUUAAGUGGCCUUACCUUUCACAUUAAAAAAAUGAGACACUUGGGGACAAUGGGGCGGGAAUGUUUUUUUUUGUUUUUUCCGGGGGGGGGGGUUAAAGUUUCUGUGUGUAUCAUUGUCGGACUUGUUGUCAUCGAGGCGCCAUUUUUGUCACUGAGGACACUGGGCAUCUGUUGUUUAGUGCUUAUAGCUGGUGGAGUCUCUAUUAUGUCAAGGCUUCUGUGCCUUAAAAUUGUUGCCCUUGCAGUGUCAGUGUCAGAUUUAAGCUUGUUUUCAUUGGUUGAUAUACACGCGACUGUAGUGUUUGCAGCCACGAGAGUCCUAGAUUUUAGGGGUAAAGCUUGUUUGAGUGAAUCAAAUACUCUUCAAAAAGUGGUUGUUGUUCCUCAAAUAUUGUCUUUGUCCCUUUUCCCUCAUUGUGUUGCCAUGCUUGUUGGUCUCCGUCGCCCCAACCUCACACCACUCGUCAGUCAGUCCCCCCACCAACAAAGGUGCAAAAAGCUACAAAUCUGUGUAAGUUUACGCCACUGUACUUUGAUGGCAAGAAAACAGCCCAAAUUUGGAAUAAGAAAAAAGUCCUCUGAGGGCUCCAGACUACAUGCACUUGCUGUUUCCUUGGAUACAACAUUGUUAUAGGACAGCUUAUCCCCUGCCCCACCCAAAUUUUAUUUAACUAUUUUUUUUUUGUAUAUGUAGGAACUAUACUCUGUGUGUGCCUCACUUCUGUGUGAAACUCAAAAACAUUAAACAAAACAAAAGAGAUGACCGAAGCAUUACAGAGAGGGUAAAAAACAGUAUGUUGGUGGAAUUCUGAUCACGUCAUUUAUCGCCUGUUAUUUCUUGUAGCCAACUAUUGAAAAUAACAGGAUUCAAGAAUACAAUUUACAAUGUUCUAGCUCUAGACCGGUGUAGCACAUGUGUGACUGUAUUAAUUUAUGAAACCAAAAUGGUAACUGUGAAUUAUGUAUUUCUUUGUGCAUUUCUUUUUUUUAAAAGCGGGGGAGAAGGUUGUCAGGACAUGGCAGCAGCUGAUGUCCGAAAAAAUCUUUUUGUUUUGGUGGAAUAUAAUGGAAACCACAGUAUGUUUCCUGAAAAGAUGAAAAAAUUGAAAAAAAUGAAGAAAAAAAAUGAAAAAAUGAAAAAAUAUAUGAAUAUAUUUUUUUUUCUUAAGCAAUACAUUUCAGUGUGACUUGUGAUAGAACAUUUUUCUUUUUUUAGGUAAUAAAUAAAACAAAACAAAAUGAUUACA